CCAGCGUGUACGUUGCACCAUUUUAUUAUGUUCGGGUACUCGAGUUGUUGCUGUUGUUAAACUGAAAUUUUUGCUUAACUUUGUAAAAAAAUAAAAAUAAAAUCUUGGUUAUACAGGUGCAAAAAAUACAGCGUUUUGCAGACUGAGGGUGAAUCCGUGGUGCGUUUACAAUUUAUUUCCUUAUUAGGAAGUCGUGUCUAUUUCCACCCCCACGACGCGGAAUUGGGCUGGAUCCCAAAUAGCUUUCUUUUUGAUUAUGUAGUGCACUAUGUAGGGUGCUGGCGAUAUUCUUUUUGUAUUGUGCGUAGUGCACUUAUGCAGGGUGUUCAUAUCGAAUUGGGAUUUAGCCUCAUGUCAGAGCAGUUUGCCAUGGAAUUGAAUUGCAAUGGAGUGUAAUAACCAGGAGAUCAUGUCUGUAUCACCAUCUUCCCUUCCACCACCUCCACCUCCACCUCCACCUGCCCCAGCUUCAGCUCCUUUACUGCCCAGCAAGAAGAAGCUGUAUCAGGCCAUAGCAGAGGGCAGGACUUCAGUUGAAGGAGACUUUAAGGAAGCCUGUUUGCUCCUUAAACAAAGAGAGAGCAGUUUCAGAAAGGACCUGCAGUGGGUGCUGUUUAACACCUACGUGCCUUCAUUAAUCCAGGAUGGACCCAAAUGUGGAUUAGUGGCUUUAUGGAUGGCAGGCCAUCUGAUGAAGCCGGCCAUGACCGUAUCUAUGGAAAGCAUCAUGCAAAUAGCAGUGAACAGAGGCUACACUGCACAAGGGGAGAUGUUUUCAGCCAGCAACAUGGCCCUCCUUGCAGAAGAGGUGUGCGGUUUCAGAGCUCAGAGUCUCUCCGGGGGCAUGAUGGGAAACAAUGCUGCACUAAUCUUGAAACAUCUCACUGACGGACAGCCGAUCUUAAUACCAUAUGACGAGGACUUCAACCAUGAGCCGUGCUUACGCAGAGGUCACAAAGCUCACUGGGGGGUGGCUUCAGGUGUGCUGCUUGGUCUGGCAGAGGGAAGCGUGAGCGGCAAGCAGCUCUCCACUGACACCACUCUGCCGUGGCUGCAUCUUGGGCGAGGUACUGCACCAGCUGACUGGCUCAAGAAUCCAGCUGAGGUCUACAUCUUAGCCAAGCAGGGGAAAAGUCUGCGCUACCAGCUCUGGAUGUUGGAUACAGUGGCACAGAGUAACAUGCAGCUUAAAGAAAUGGAUUCUCAGAGGGCAGGUGAUGGAUCUUACUAUGUGCUGCCCCCUGGUGGUGUGGAGGAAGGACUCUCAGGCCAAGUGGUGCUACUACACACCUCACAGGAAAACUGAUAGCAAGAACAUUUGCUGUGGGAACGCAGCAUGUGUGUGUUUAGUGUGUACUCAGGAUGCACUCGAAUGGGUGCCUGUGUUUAACCUUUCAUCCACUAGGUGGCCUUAUUUCUUUGGCAUUUCUCUAGGAUGGAUUCCUGUUGCAAAAAUGUUAUGGUGCUAAAUAAAGCAGGAAUGUGCUAUUUU